AUGGAGUCCGCCGCCUCGAAGCAGCCCGUUAAGCUCGCUCGUGUCCUCAAGGUGCGUUCACUCGAAAUCGACCGGCUGGUGGACUCGGAAUGGACAAAGGAAAGGGAUCUUGGAGGUCGAAGGGUUGGAAGGCUGGAUCGCGACACGACGGGUGGCAAUGGCAGACAGCAUGGUCGAUGGAAAGGACGGCCCGGCGACGAAGACGACAGUGCGCGAAGUGGGAAUGCGAAGGAUACGGACGGCGUUGGAAUCGAAAGACUGCGAUCGAGCUCUGCGCGCGAGUUGGAGGAAGCCGUGACAUGGGAGUGCGAUCAUGGGCGUGGAGAUGGUCAACCUUUUGCUGCUCUUGCCCGACGUCGUGCGACGCGCUCCGCCGCGCGCUGCUGCGCAUUCUUGCUUGCAGUCUCAGUCUCGCCGUCUACCGCUUGUUUCGUCAAUGUCGAAUCACCAUCCAAUUUACGAAAUCUGCCAUCAAAACUUGCCGUCCCUUGCGCCAGCCUCCCCAUCUCCGACCACCGAAUCCACGUCCUCGGCCGCACCGGCUCCCGUGGUGGUGUCACCCAGGUCCGUGUCGAGUUCAUGGACGACACCUCGCGUUCGAUCAUCCGUAACGUCAAGGGCCCCGUCCGUGUCAACGACAUCCUCGCCCUCCUCGAGUCCGAGCGUGAGGCUCGUCGCCUCCGCUAA